AUGGUAGUUCAGGGGUUCAUUCAUAUGAUGCCGUAUAUUAUUCCGCUAUUGCUGUGCACAUACACCAUGAGCUAUCACUUCAUCGGCAUAAACCGUACCACAAGAAAUGUGACCUUUCCAACGGGGAGCGAUAGCAUUUAUAUUAUGAGGAAGAACCCUCACCAGAGCAUCGUAACGGUUGUAUAUCCAAAUAACAGGCAGGAAAAAUUUGAAGUAGACAAAAUUGCCUUUGCGUACGACGUGGACACGCACAAGUUCGAUAUAAUCGAGUUAAGUGACUCGGACAGACGGAUGAAUAAAAAAGUAGAACCGGAUGACAGGGAUAAAAAGGCGGAUCAGAACGCAAAUGACAAUACAGCUAAGUAUUUUAAUAAUAAGGCAGUCCUCAACUCACUAAUACCGACAAAUCUGGAAAUUAUGGAUGAUUUGAAAGAGCGCUGUGCUUUCAAGCUCAUCGAAAUGAUCUAUGCCACUUUCUUUCUCAGGAUACGUGUACGCUUUCACAGCGAUUAUCUUUACAUCUACAUCGACAGGUCGGAUAUAAUUCCCUAUAACAUUAUACAUUUACCUGAAAUUGGCAAGUACAGCUUUCAAUACAAUAAUUUCAUGGAUCUACUGAAGCUCAUGAUCGAACACAAAACACCGAUAGAGCUGACCGAUGACGAUACUUUAAACACCGUUGGUGUGUUUAUAAGCAACGGUUUCCUUGAUGACAGCAUAAUAUUGAUGAAAAGAGACAUGAUAGCCUGUCUUCACGGGCUGAAUGUCCGUUUCAUUUUUUACCCCGAGAGGAGGAGUUCGUUUGAACAAAGUACGACUGUAAUCAAAUUCAAGGGCGCAAAUUUAUACCUGUGGUCGAUGAUAAGUAAUAGGUUCGAAACUCUGAGAAUAAAAAGAAGCAAAAUCGCGUACAAAGUGUCACAAAAAUAUUUUGAGUCCCUGAAACCUACUCAGUUGCAUGGAACACUGCAAAAAAUGCCUGGAAAUAAGGAGGGACUGGAGUUUUUGAAGAAAAUUAUCCAAAACAUCGAUAAAUAUAUGAUCAAACAGAGGCUCAUGGUUAGCAUAUCGAACGGUAUGGUGAAUUAUGACCUUUAA